UCUGUUGUCAAAAAUGUAGGAAAAAAGCGUCGACCACAAAGGCAUUGUGUACCUUUACACGCUUCAUUGGUUGACUGGCUAGAACGAAACCGUUGACCUCCGGGAGGGUCGAGCGAAACCUUGCGGACAAAAUUCGUUCGUCUCGCAUUCUGCUCGGCUGAAAUUAAAUUACUGCUAAGGUUUCUUAUAAACUUACUCGUGUUCUACUUCCUCCAACCGAGCGCCUGUCUGUGUGUGUGUGGAAGGGGGCCUUUGAGAAGAAAGCCAUUAACCAGAUGAAACACACACCUGAGAAAGUCUCCGUCUGUCCGUUGCUGCAGCUCAAACGGCCACACGAUCAAGCACUGCAGCACUGGUCUAACGUAAUGUGCAGUAUAAAAAUAAACCAAAGCACUUGUCCGCAUGUUUAUAGUGUGUUUCAAUCUCUUCCCCCUGUUUUUUUAUUGCACUCGCUAACACCGAAAAACGACCCAAAAACCACAUUCAAAUGAUCCAUUACGUUUGCACAACAUCAGCCACAACGGAUCCCCCCUCCCCAUCAGCUUCUCGAUUACUCUUAACAACUUUACGAAAGCUCGCCAGCGGGCUGACAACAACGACCCGGCAUGGAUAGAAUAACGUUGCCGUGCUGCUCUGCGCUGCUCCGGGCAUCUACGCGCUUCGUAGGCCUGUGUCCGGGGUAAACCCAUACUCCCAGACAAGAAGCUUACAUGGGAGGCGCUGUUGUUUGAGACAGGGCGCGACCGUUAUCUUGCUGCGCACGACGAGCGAGAGCUUCGGCGGCGGCAAGCUUUUUCUAUGAAACCGUGCGUCCAUUAUUUACCGGCAUUUCGGUGACGAAGUUUUCCCGGAAUCAAUUAAUCGCUGUGACACGAAAAUGCCGGGAUCCACCGGGAUGGACGACAGUUGUGCUGACAUCGCAGCUCCAACUCCGGUAACCCUCCCCUGAAGGUAUGCGGUUUGCUGGCGUGUCUUCGUCGAGCUGCCUGCUGCUUGGUUUAUGUUUGCUGGUUAUUUUUGGCUGCUGUCAACAUGUGGUUGUGCAAGAUUGUAAUCCAGUUUGACGAUGAGAUUUCAGUGCGAUUAAAGGUUGCUUUUUUUGAGAGGGGGCAAUCAUGCAAGCUUCGCCGUGAGUCGAGUUUUGGUUGCAAUUAGAUAGAGCAAAGAAAACAAAACAGAGUUUUAUAUUUUUAAGCGAUUCAGUUGAAGCUGUCUGUCGCUUAAUGAGUUAUUUGACUUUCAAAGUCUUUGCAUACACUUGAAGCUGUAUUUAAAUAAGAGACAUUGAGGCAAAAUCAAUUCAUAUUCAUAACUUGCGGCACCCUAACACCGAGACAUCACGUGUUUGCUUAAGCCUUAUGCGCCUUCGUAGAAUUUACGCCACGGUGAAGAUGUUAACAUAUUUGCAUAACUGAACCAAAAUUGUCAUUUUAUUUUAUCAUCACCGUGGGAUCUGCAUUUCCAAGCAUGACAAGCCUAUGCAUGAAUAUUUUAUGUCUUUUUUUUUGGGCACUCCGUCAACGCCCAUAAAGCCCUCGAGAAAGAACGGAGCGAAUCAAGAACGGACAACGUAUUAUUAAAAAUGUUUGCUGAAAAGUUUAACGAAAGUGACCAACUUGCCUCAAAGUGGAGGACCCUCCACCACCGGCUGACGGUGUUUGUGGAGGCAAGCGGCGCGUGUAAGGUACAUCAUAUUUUCCCCAGAACCGUUGUCCAAUUUCCAACCUACUUCUUGGAGACUGGCUCAUCGAUGUUUUUAGCGGAACUCCCGUACCACUGCCUGUUAUGUUAUUCUGAGACGAAGGAUCUGAGUUUCCUAUUUCGAAUACAUCCCAUGUGUAUUGUUUCACCCAGACGUCCAUAACGCGCUACGGUGUGAGGUACAUACCUUUCGGCAGUUACCCAUCUGCUAAUCCAAUGAACCCAAGGCUACAUCGUCGUCGUCGUCCUUGCCGGGCAAGUGUAAUUGAAUUACAUCGAAAUGUCCAUUUCUUUUCGCCACCGUGUGCAGUGAUCCGUUCACCAUUAGCCGAAGGUUAGGUUUAACUGAGGUCAGGCGCGGUAAACGGUGGGUCAUCAUCCACUCGCCUCAAGUUUCAUCCCCAGUAUUAUGCGCCUUCCCAGCAACACUGGGCCCGAGCCCAUUCCCCGACGAGGAGGUGGAAAAAUGCUGCUUUCAUACGCACCCUGCGCACCAUUAGUGUGCGUGAUGUGUCAGAGGGAUCGAAUCAACAAAUAGCUCACCCGUGCCGUGGGGAGUAAUCACGUACGACAGCGAAUGUGUUGAUUUCGGGCGGGGAAAAGUACCUAACUUUGAGCGGUUUAGUUACAUGCGAGGGAGAGCAAAACCAAAUCUUUUUGUACUUUAGCAAGGUAAAACGGAGAGUGUAUUGCUAAACUUUCGCAUGAUUGAAAUAUUGUCGGCGAACUGUCAAACUGUAUUAUAUGCCAGAAAGCGACGGAGAAACUUUACUGCUUGAUGGGAGCGCACGCAGAACCGUACAAAAAAAAAAAACCACCGGCUUCCUGUGCCGGCAAAGAACUUUGCGCCACAUACGCCACAGAUACAACAUUUUGUUGAUGGAUGGUGUCAUAAGGUAUUAACCACCGACCGGUAGCGCGAUAACGAGCGUACCUUGAAAUCUGCCGCAAAGUUCUUCCACCCAGAGCGCCCAUAACAGAGUCUCAAACCGUUGCGCGUCGGUUACACGCCACUCGUGAUAAACGUUCCGCCGGGUGUACUAAUUUAUGGAGCAGAUUGUUUAUCACCGCGAGAGCAUUACGUUACGGCUGUUGAGACAUUGACCACUUCUUGUGUGUUGUUCGGAGUGUCGGAGAAUGGGUUGGGCAAGAAUGCUCGAAACAUAAUGGAAAACAUUGUCCAUGUUGUGUGUGGGAUGCGGAUUGGCUUCAGGCACGUUGCAACAUCGAAUGAAAAAUGUAUGGUUUGACUUAAGUGUCAGCGGAUGACUUUGCACACAUGUCGGCAGUAUUAUGGUGGAAGCUUGCGCUUGGCUGUGUAUGCAUGCUGGACCUGCUGGGAACAUUUUGCUCAACUCCCAACAUGCACACUAAUGCCACUCUGGAGAGCUAUGAAAAAUGUAAACCUUUUUUCUCCGACUCUCAGGAGCUUUAAGAUGUGAGUCGACCUUUUUUUUCUUAGAAACGUGCACGAAUUAAACAGUCAUACCUUCCCCAAAAACCCAUCAUUCCGGCAGAAAUGAUGAAACUAACGAUACACCAUUCCCAAGCAGCAUUCAGCAAAUCGUUCUAAGCUUUCUGCAUUCAUUUAUCUUUUGGCAUUUCUGGGUAAAACAAACAAAAACAAUGUGCACAAUCCCACGGGCUCCGAUGGGACACAUCCUGUCCUCGGUAAAGAUAAAAUGGUGAAUGUUUCAAACUGCUCCCGGUCCCGGGAAUAGAUGCCCAGGGUCAAAGAAUGUCUUCGGCAGCUGGAUGCUUUGGAGAUGUUUGGCAUUUGGUGCCAAAGAAUUGUUGAAGUUAUAGCAAAUCAAGCAAUGUUUCUAGCAACGCAGCAGCCAAGCCUGGAAGGCAUUAAGAUCAUUCUUGUAACCAUAGCUCACUGGACAGGGAUUCUUGGAAUGUGUUGAAUCGCAUUAGCUUACAAUUGAGAUGUAACCUUUUUAAGGCUAAAAUAAGAAGUGCGUCCAAUUAGCGAACAUCAAUUGCCGACACGUUUCUGCGAGGAAUUUCCACACUAAAACAAAUCAGCUGAAAGUUGCGUAGGACGUAGGACAAAUAUCCACCGACAAAGGGCAUUGAGAGAUAACGUUUUUUGUGUUGUCGACAUAAGGGCAAUACAAAAAUAAAAAUACCGAUAUCUGCUCUGGCCGGUAGCGGCAAAAUGCCGCCAUCGUUUAACCUCUCCACGGUCACGUAUGAGUUGAUCUCGGGAAAUGUAUCUGCAGCGCUGGAAAACUUCACCGCCUCGAUGGCGGGAGCGUUUCCAUUCGAGGGCCAACAAGAUCCAGCUUCGUCCUUUGCCCGCAACGCUUCCUUCACGCUCGGAUUGGGUCUUGCGAAUGUCAUCCAACUGCAGCAGCAGCAGCAACAGCUGCACCAUUCGCCCCAUCAGUACCACCAACAGGUACAGCACCAACCACAGCCGCCUAGCACACCCUUUGCCAACGUAAGCGCCGGCCAGAACGAAAGCCUCGCCAAUCUGCUGCUGCACCCGGGCGUCCAUCAACUCUCAAGCGGGCUGGUAACGCUCGUCGGCGACAUUAUGACCCAGUCGGGCGAUACGAUACUGCCGCGGGAAGAGUGCGACCGGCUGAACAUCAGCUACGCGUUCGAGAACGGCACCGCGCUGGAGAUACCGGGCCUGAGCUGCUACGAGCAUGCGCCGACCCUGUCCAAGUCGGGCGUGAUCCGGGUGAUCGUCCUGUCGGCGAUGGCGAUCGUGUCGCUGCUCGGCAACGUCGCCACCAUGUGGAACAUCCAGAAGAACCGCAAGUCGCGGCGCGUCACGCGCCACAACUGGAGCGCCAUCUACUCGCUCAUCUUUCACCUCUCGAUCGCGGACGUGCUGGUGACGGGGUUCUGCCUGAUCGGGGAGGCCGCCUGGUACUACACGGUGGACUGGGUCGCGGGCAACCUGCUCUGCAAGCUGUUCAAGCUGUGCCAGAUGUUCAGCCUGUACCUGUCCACGUACGUGCUGGUGCUGGUCGGCGUCGAUCGCUGGGUCGCGGUCAAGUAUCCGAUGAAGUCGCUCAACACGGCCCGCCGCUGCCACCGGUUUCUGUUCGUCGCCUAUCUGCUAUCGUUUCUGCUCAGCACACCACAGUGGAUGAUAUUUCGGGUGGCGAAAGGACCGUUUGUGGAGGACUUUUACCAGUGCGUAACCCACGGCUUCUACACCGACCGAUGGCAGGAGCAGCUCUACACGACCUUCACGCUGGUGUUUAUGUUCAUCAUUCCGCUGCUGAUAUUAAUCGGUACCUAUUUAUCAACGUUCAUGACGAUCUCAAGUAGUGAAAAAAUCUUCCGCAUCGAUACGUCGGCCGUCGACCGGACGACGUACUAUCGGCGCUCCGACACGAACCGUCAGCGGCUGAUACACAAGGCGAAGAUGAAGUCCCUCCGGAUAUCCGUCGUCAUCGUGGUGGCAUUCGUCGUGUGCUGGACACCGUACUACAUCAUGAUGCUGAUAUUCAUGUUCCUGAAUCCGACCGAGCGUUUCGGCGAGGAUCUGCAGUCGGGCAUCUUCUUCUUCGGCAUGUCGAACAGCCUGAUCAACCCGCUGAUUUACGGUGCGUUUCACCUGGUGCCGAUACGACAGCGACGCAAUCAGUACAAUCAACAUGUAAGGGAAGGCUCUGUGUACUUUCAGCGGUCGUCCACCUUCAACCAUCACAAUGGCCACCAGCGGAACCUCAACCCGCACAUCAAGUUUUCCAACUCGCACUCCAACCUGCCGGAGGAGAUAUCGCUCAUGUCGCUGGAAAAGGACCUCCGCAGCCUGGAUGAGAACGUGAACCAAAUCCACCAGAAAGGUGCUGGUGGUGGUGGUGGUGGGGGAGGAGGAGGAGGCGGCGGCGGAGGCGGAGGAGGUGUUGGCGGUGGGAUCGGGCUCAGCCUAGGCCUAGGAGCGGCCGGUGUCGGCGGGUCACGGGUCAAGCGGCGCAGCUUUGCCAGCAAGUUCCUGUCCUUUUCCCGCCUGCUGCAACGAAACCAUCCGACUAAGCUUUAAACCGGGGCUUAAAGCUUGCACACGAAAGACAAGGCGCAUCCAUCGUGGCCGCGCACGUGUUUGUACAUACAAGGCAAGGUGAUACCAUGGCAUGGCAAAUGGAAGUUAGUUGCUCUCUCGCUUAGGUUUAGUGUAUCGUUUAGACAGGUUAAUUGAUGUAGAGGUAAGCGAAUUAAGUGUUAAGCUCACUCUCUCUCUCUCUCGCUACGGAGACACUACAGGCAGGGCCUGAGAUUAACGAGCGUAUAUGUGUGUUUGUCUGUAUCGACGCUUAGUGCCACGUGGCAAGUACUUGUUGGGUUGUAAAUCACCGAAACAAUCAAGGGCAGCUAAAGGGACGAGCAGUAGGAGUAGUAACGCAUUUUAACACAUUCCAGAGUCUAUUACUGUGUUGCUGUACAGCAUUACGGAAGUUGUGUUUGAAUUCAGAGAGGUCUAUUGCGGCAGCC